CAUUUUUGUCAAACUUUUCCUUCCUUACAUUACAUAUCACCAAAUGGCAAUCUUUUCCCUAAUUCUCUACACUGUCAUUUUCUCUUUCCUUCUACAUUCCAUUCUCACCUUAUUUUUUCGCAAACGUUACCCGUUGCCACUACCACCAGGUCCAAAACCAUGGCCAAUAAUCGGAAACCUAGUCCAUAUGGGUCCAAAGCCACACCAAUCAAUUGCAGCCAUGGCUCGAACUUACGGUCCACUCAUGCACCUUAAGAUGGGAUUCGUGGACGUGGUGGUUGCUGCGUCGGCGUCGGUGGCGGCUCAGUUCUUGAAAACUCAUGACGCUAACUUCUCGAGCCGCCCUCAGAACUCGUGUACAAAACACUUGGCUUACAAUUCUCAGGAUCUUGUCUUUGCACCUUACGGACCACGGUGGCGUAUGCUUAGGAAAAUUUGCUCUGUUCAUCUUUUCUCUGCCAAGCCUUUAGAUGACUUUCGCCAUGUUCGCCAGGUUUUAAUUUCUAUUUUACACCUAGAGGUUGGGGUGUUUAAACCGAAUCGAAAAAAGCGCACCAAACCGAAAAUUCAAACCAAACCGAUUAAAAAAUCAGAAGUUUGGUUUGAUUUGGUUUGGUAUUGGAUAAAAAUUUGAACCAUA